CAGUAAUGUCACACAACUAGGCUUUGGUUUAAUCUUUUUAAGGUUUUAAUUCUUUCAACGAAUUUUAAAACCUCAACUAAAAAUCUUCAUCUCUUUUCUUGAGAUCAGAGAGAACCCCAACAGCUAAAUCUCUCUCUCUCUCUCUGACUUCCACAAACAGGGCAACAUCAUUUUCUCAGGAUUGCUUCAAACCUGGGAAGUCUUUAAGGUUAUAGACCAAUAAGACAUAGAGAGAUCUGAGAGUACAAGAAGAAGAAUGGUUACUUUAUCAGUAUGGCCUUGGGAAAGCUAUGGCAAUCUUAAGUAUCUUCUAUACGCUCCUUUAGCAGCACAAGUAGCGUACUCAUGGACAUACGAACAAGACUACCCGAGGGCUCUCUGCUGUCUUCAUAUCCUCAUCAUCUGUGGAAUCAAAGGACUAGUUCAUGUCCUUUGGAGCGUUUACAACAACAUGCUUUGGGUGACCCGCACUCUAAGGAUUAACCCUAAUGGUGUCAACUUUAAACAGAUUGAUCACGAAUGGCACUGGGACAAUUAUAUAAUUCUGCAAGCAAUAAUAGCGAGCAUGAUCUGCUACAUGUCUCCUCCAUUGAUGUUGAUGAACAGUAUACCUCUCUGGAACACGAAAGGACUAAUCGCAUUAAUUGUGAUACAUGUGACUUUCUCAGAGCCUUUAUACUAUUAUCUUCAUAGAUAUUUACACCGUAACAACUACUUAUUCACACAUUACCACUUGUUCCACCACUCAUCUCCUGUUCCACACCCCAUGACUGCUGGAAAUGCGACGUUAUUGGAGAACCUUAUCCUCUGUGUAGUAGCUGGAGUUCCUUUGAUUGGUUCUUGCUUGUUAGGUGUUGGAUCAAUAAGCUUGAUCUACGGAUACGCUAUCAUGUUUGAUUUCCUAAGAUGUUUAGGACAUUGUAACGUUGAAAUCUUCUCUCACAAGCUAUUCAAGACUCUACCAAUCCUACGUUAUCUCAUCUACACUCCAACGUACCAUAGUCUGCAUCAUCAAGAAAUGGGGACCAACUUCUGUCUGUUUAUGCCUCUCUUUGAUGUUUUGGGCAACACACUUAACUCAAAAUCAUGGGAACUCCAAAAGAAGAUUCGUUUAGCUUCAGGGGAAAGGAAGAGAGUGCCGGAAUUUGUGUUCUUGGCUCAUGGGGUAGAUGUGAUGUCGGCAAUGCAUGCACCUUUUGUGUUCAGAUCAUUCGCUUCAAUGCCAUACACCACAAGACUCUUCUUGCUGCCCAUGUGGCCAUUCACCUUUAUGGUGAUGUUGGGCAUGUGGGUUUGGUCAAAGGCUUUUCUUUUCAGCUUCUAUGCCCUCAGAAACAAUCUUUGCCAGACUUGGGGAGUUCCCAGAUUUGGAUUCCAAUACUUUUUACCGUUUGCUACACAAGGAAUUAAUGAUCAGAUCGAGGCUGCGAUUCUGAGAGCUGAUAAGAUUGGUGUUAAAGUUAUAAGCUUGGCUGCUCUGAACAAGAACGAAGCUCUAAAUGGUGGUGGGACUUUGUUUGUCAACAAGCAUCCUGACCUUAGAGUUCGUGUGGUCCAUGGAAACACAUUAACCGCAGCAGUGAUUCUAAAUGAAAUUCCAAAAGAUGUGGAAGAGGUGUUCUUGACAGGAGCCACUUCUAAGCUGGGAAGAGCCAUCGCUCUUUACCUCUGUCGUCGUGGAGUGAGAGUUCUCAUGUUGACACUCUCGAUAGAGAGAUUCCAGAAGAUUCAGAAAGAAGCUCCUGCUGAGUUCCAAAACUACCUCGUACAAGUGACCAAAUACAACGCUGCUCAAAACUGCAAGACUUGGAUCGUUGGGAAGUGGUUAACGCCAAGGGAACAGAGCUGGGCUCCAGCGGGAACUCAUUUCCACCAGUUUGUAGUGCCACCAAUCCUCAAAUUUAGAAGGAACUGCACUUAUGGAGAUCUAGCAGCUAUGAGGCUCCCUAAAGAUGUUCAAGGACUCGGAACCUGCGAGUACACAAUGGAGAGAGGGGUGGUGCAUGCAUGCCAUGCAGGAGGAUUGGUUCAUAUGCUGGAGGGUUGGGAGCAUCAUGAGGUUGGAGCCAUUGACGUUGACCGUAUUGAUCUGGUGUGGGAAGCAGCCAUGAGACACGGCCUUAGCUCUGUGUCAUCACUCACUAAUUGAGUGUGAAGAGACCACCCUUUUGAUUGUUGUCUUUUACUCUCGCAAGAUUGGCCAUUCUUUGUACAGAUGAAGGAUGCAAGCAGGGAAACAAAAAGUAGAAUUUCACCUUUUUAUUAAAGAUGUAUUCCACUUUUUCGAUUUCCCUAAUAGUAUUUAUAUGUGCACCUAAUUUCCACGAAGCUUUAAUCAUCCAAGCUUUUUCA